GAUAAUCUGGCAUCAGCACCGUCAGUAUUGGGUUAAAUGAUGUGUGUGCGUGGGUGUGUUUCUGUGUGUGUGAAUCUGGUGGGUAAAUAAAGGCAGGGUUUCUGUAGCAGAGCCUGUUCAACAAAGUCCUGACACUCAUCCCAGUCAGUCAUGGAUCUCUCUGGGAUUCCCACAUGGACAUGGACACUUUUUGUCUACCUGAGUUGGAUUGGUGUGGGACAAGCGUCGGCUGAACCGCACUACAUGGUCAUCACUCCUGCAGUUUUGGAAGUCGGAGCUAAGUCCCAAUUGUGUGCGAGUCUCCUGCAGCCCAACGAGACUCUGGUCAUGACCAUCAAGCUGAUUUCCCGAACCAUGAAUACAACCCUGCUGGAGGAAACAUCCGACACAGAGUUUCAUAUCUGUGCUUACAUUGAGUUUCAGGCUCCUUCAGUGCAGGAUAAAAUGGUGCUGGAGCUUGAGGUGGAGGUACGAGGCGACACUUUUUACUCAAGAGAAGUCAGAAAAGUCCUACUCAAAGACUAUCAACCGACGACGUUCGUCCAAACAGAUAAACCUCUGUACCUCCCUGGACAAACAGUGCAUUUCAGAGUCAUCACACUGGACACCAAGUUGAGACCUGUCAAUCAGCAGUACAACAUCAUUGAAGUUCAGGAUGUAAGGGGAAACCGGAUUGGACAGUGGCUGAAUCAAACAUCCAACGGCAAAAUACUGCAGCUUUCUUACUCUUUGAACUCUGAGGCUCGUGAAGGAACCUACAGAGUUAUUGUGGGAAUCGAUGGAAAAAAUGUUAUUCAUCCAUUCAAGGUGGAGAAAUACGUUUUGCCCAAGUUUGGCGUAACAAUAAAAGCACUGGAGAAAAUAAGCAUCGCACAGGAUAAAAUCAAAGUUCAAGUAUGCGCAAAAUAUACAUAUGGACAGCCCGUGCCUGGCACCGCUGAACUUGAGAUUUGUCGACCGCUGAUAAGUAAUUCUUAUAUUAAUCAAAGAUUGACUCUGGACGGCCAACGUAAGUCUGGUUGUGUCGAGCAAACAUUGCAGACAGACCAAAGUGGCUGUGCUACUUUUAUCUUCAGCAUGUCGGCUUUCCAACAACCAAACUUCCAAAACAUGUUCCGCCAUUUUUUACGGCCAGAAGAUAAACUGUUUCUCAAAGCCAAGGUGAAGGAGGAUGGGACAGGAAUUUCACACCCACAAGGAAAAACGAUAGAGAUUUCUUAUGUCAUCGGAAAGCUAUCUUUCAUCGACACACCCAAGAUUUAUGACCGAGGAUCAAAUUUGGAAGGAAAAGUUAAAGUCGUUGACUUCACUGAUACACCCGUUCCUGACACGGAGGUCUACCUGUUCAAGGGUGACGUGAGGUCAUCGCACCUGUUACAGACCCUCAUCACUGACAGUGACGGCGUCGCAGCUUUCUCAUUAAACACAACGGGCCUUAAUGGAAACAUCAAACUUACGGCUCGCCUUACAAAAGCACCACAGCACUCACCUCUAACUCCACAUUACGAGGCUGCAGUUCACACCUUGUCUUCGAUCCAGUCAACUUCUAAGUCUAAAACCGCCAGCUCCCUGAAAGUGAAGACGAAGAAUAAACCACUUCGCUGUGACAAAGAAGAGACCAUCUCCAUCCAGUACACUAUAGUUACACAUAACCAGAACACUGUGGAUGUGAUGUAUGUGGCGUUAUCCAGAGGAGAGGCCAUUGUGAUUCAAGGAUUUAAAAAGCUUGCUGUGCAGAAUGAACAAGUGUCUGAGGGUGAGGUGUCCUUUAAGUUGAAAGUGUCUCCAGACAUGGCUCCAAUCGUUCAGGUUGUGGCUUACGCCGUCCUCUCCAGUGAGACUGUGAUCGCCAACAGCGCCGACUUCUCCACUGAGAAAUGCUUCAAUCACAAGGUGUCCCUGGAGUUUUCUCCGUCCUCAGCUGUCCCAGGAGAGGAGACCACCCUGCAGGUGACGGCUCAGCCAGACGCUCUGUGUGGUGUGAGCGCCGUCGACCAGAGCGUCCUCAUCAAAGAGCCGGGGAAGACUCUGGAUGCAGACAAGAUAUUUAGCCUGUUGCCUGUCAAGAAAGCAUCCAGUGUUCCACGAGAGGUUAAGGAUCCUACGAGAUGCGUCAGUGUGGGACAUAGGAGAUACAGGUUCUUUUCCCGAAGACGAGAGUGGAAUUAUGAAAGCAAAACAGAUGCUUACGCAAUUUUCCAGAGUCUGGGACUGAACGUAGCAACAAAUGUGAGAAUGUCAUCAUGUGAAAGAGACAUCCCUGAUUCUUUUCCAUUGCUGAAAUAUGCAAGGGGUCAUAAAAUGUCCCGCGGUUCACCGCGAAUUGUGAGUUCAAGCCCGAUCCGUCCUCAAGCUGCUCCCCCACCGAUAGAGACAGUCCGCACUUUCUUCCCUGAGACUUGGAUAUGGGACCUGGUGGAUGUUGGAGAAAAAGGAACGAAGGAUGUGUCCCUCACUGUCCCAGACACCAUCACCACCUGGGAGACGGAGGCUUUCUGUCUGUCCCCUCAGGGUUUUGGCUUGGCUCCUCGUAAGGAAAUCACCGUCUUCCAGCCUUUCUUCCUCGAGCUCAGCCUGCCCUACUCCAUCAUCCGAGGGGAGCACUUUGAACUGAAGGCAACCGUCUUGAACUACAUGCCCAGCUGCAUCAUGGUCGCUGUGACUCCAGAACCCACCCUGAAUUACACCCUGACCCCCCUCUCUGCUGACCAGUACACAUCCUGUUUGUGCGAAAAUGAGCGCAAGACCCUCAGCUGGUCAAUGGCCCCCUCAGUGUUGGGGGUUGUGAGUGUGUCGGUACGUGCGGAGGCUCUUGGAUCCCAGACUUUAUGUGACAAUGAGCUUGUGAGCGUGCCAGAGAGAGGUCGCAUUGAUGUGGUCACACGGUCUCUCAUAGUCAAGGCUGAAGGAACUGAGAUGACAAACACCUACAACUGGCUGCUCUGUCCAAAAGGAGAAGCUUUGACGGAGGAAGUAGACCUGCAGCUUCCUGAGAAUGUGAUUGUUGGUUCUGCCCGAGCUUCAGUAUCAGUGCUGGGUGAUAUUCUGGGCCGAGCUCUGAAGAACCUGGACGGGCUGCUGAGGAUGCCGUAUGGAUGUGGGGAGCAGAACAUGGCGCUGCUGGCCCCCAACAUCUACAUCCUCCAGUACCUGACGGACACACAGCAGCUGACUGCAGCCAUCAAGGAAAAGGCCACCAACUUCCUGACCAGUGGCUACCAGAGACAGCUGAACUACAAGCAUUUAAAUGGCGUUUACAGCACAUUUGGAAAAGGAGACGGAAACACUUGGCUCACUGCUUUUGUUCUGAGGACGUUUGCCAAAGCGCAGUCGUUCAUCUACAUUGACCCGAGCAUCACUGAACAGUCAAAAACUUGGCUGAUCAGCAAACAGCAACAAAAUGGAUGUUUCCAACAGAUCGGAAAACUCGUUCACAACAGAAUGAAGGGUGGUGUGUCUGAUGAGGUGACUCUCAGUGCUUAUAUCACCGCUGCUUUCCUGGAGAUGAAAACAUCAGUAUCAGAUCAUGUUAUGAGGAGGAGCCUGUCUUGCCUCAGAGAGUCCGAAAAUGUACUAAGCAACACCUACACUACGGCUCUGCUGGCGUACGUCUACACCCUGGCGGGAGACAUGGAGACCCGUGCUCACCUCCUGAAUCACCUCGACUCUGUUUCCAUACACGAAGGAGGUCUCCUCCACUGGUCUCAGACAGCAACAGAGACGUCAGCCUCUCUGUCUGUGGAGAUCAGCUCCUAUGUGAUGCUGGCCAAACUCGGCGCCUCUCCUACCACCGAAGACCUGGGAUACGCCAGCCGCAUCGUCAGGUGGCUGACGAGCCAGCAAAAUUACGGAGGCUUCUCCUCCACACAGGACACUGUGGUGGCUCUUCAGGCUCUGGCUCUUUACUCCACUCUGGUGUUCAGUCCAGAGGGUUCAAGCACAGUGACGGUCCGGUCUCCUAGUGGCCAGCUGACGUUUGAUGUGAAUUAUAACAACAAACUGCUCUACCAGGAGGAGGCGCUGCAGGAUGUGACAGGAAACUACAACCUGGAGGUGAAGGGCACUGCGUGUGCUGCAAUACAGAUUUCUCUUCACUAUAACAUCCCAACUCCGACUGAUGUCACAACUUUCAGCGUCGAGGUUAAACCAGAGGCCGACUGCAAAAGCACAACACACAAACUCACUCUGACGCUAACGUCCCUAUAUAAUGGAAAAGAGAGCACUACAAACAUGGUGAUCCUGGAUAUCAAAAUGCUCUCUGGAUUUAUCCCAGACUCAGAGUCUAUAAAGAGCCUCAAAGUUGCCUCGAUGGUGGAUCGAGUUGAACAGAAGGACGAUCACGUUAUGGUGUACAUUCAGGAGUUGACGAAGGACAUUCCCAUCAACCACAGCUUAGCGCUCAUACAGGAGCUCCCGGUGCAGAACCUGAAGCCGGCCAUUGUUAAAAUCUACGACUACUACCAGCCAAGUGAUCAGGAUGAGACAGAAUACAACUACCCGUGUGCUGCAGCUUGAAGAAUGAAGUGUGGUCUCCGCUCAGACCCGUGGGCCUCAAUGAUUCAACCAUAACGGGGAAAAAAAAUUGGAUUUUAUUGGAGAUUAAUUGAAGUUAAAUAUGACUGCAGACUGUUGUAAAUGCAGUUCACAUAUAAUGUUUUGCUUAUAUUUACCGACGCAUCUUUCUCCUUUUGCUGCGUUAUGACGAUUUUAUCAAACAAUAACCAUUAAUCAAUUUAUGUAUCUAUCUAUCGCACUUUUUCUCAUAUAUUUCUUUAAUGCAAACUGUGAGUCUGAGCAGGGGAGGAGUUUCCUGCCUCCUUUCGGCAGAAUCUCCAGAUGAGGUCAGUGGUGAACACGUACUACAUUUUGUUCAGAUUGUUAUAUUUCUCUGUGCUCCUGCUUUUAUGUGUGACUGUUACAGUUCUGUGAAGCCCAAAUUGUCAACAAAAGCCAAAUAAACCUGCUUGAGGAACUCAAA